UUGAUGGAAGAGAAAAAAAAAAAAAAAGAAAAAGAAAAAAAAAAACCUGGUAGGAUCCUCUAGCUUUGUUAGAAGAGCUGCGUAUCAUCUUUGCGUCUUCUCGUAUUCAGUGCUCAGGAAUUAAAUCGAAUAAUUUGCUAAUAAUUCGGAUUCAUGGACGCAGCCCGUAACACCACCACCACCACCACCACCACCACCAAGGUUAAGAAACCGAACAGCACUGGCAGUAGCCCCAGCAUGGAGAGUGAGAGUAAAUAUCUCCCGGAGCUGCUGGCGGAGAAGGACAGUCUGGAUGCCUCGUUCACUCACGCCAUGAAACUGCUCGCUGCAGAGAUCGAACGGAUCCAGAAAGGCGAACCGAAAAAAGAUGGCGAGGCGUACCUGGACUUGUUUACCGCCAAAAACGUGCGAGUGAAGGAACGAGUGCUUAUUCCUGUCAAACAGUAUCCUCGGUUCAACUUUGUGGGGAAGAUUCUCGGACCCCAGGGCAGCACCAUCAAAAGGCUGCAAGAGGAAACCGGAGCGAAAAUUUCAGUCCUUGGCAAGGGCUCCAUGAGGGACAAGAACAAGGAAGAAGAGCUACGGAAGGGAGGGGAGCCCAAAUACGCUCACCUGUCUAUGGAACUGCACGUGUACAUCGAAGUGUUUGCGCCGAUCCCGGAAUGCUAUCUGCGCAUGGCUCACGCUAUGGACGAGGUCAAGAAGUUCCUCAUGCCCGUGGACAACAUGGAAGAGAUGCACCAGGAUCCCUUCAUGGAUGUCGGAUAUCUGAAUGGUGCGCAGGACGCACACAAUCGAGGCCGUGGAGGUCCAGGUCGGGGCCGCGGUGGCCCACCACUUCCAAUGCCUGGGGCCAGAGGUCGUGGCAUGCUCCCACGCGGUGGUGCUCCUCGUGGCGCUGCCCCCCGAGGUGGCCCCAGAGGAGGCGGAGCAGCAAGAGGAGCGCCCGUGGGCCGAGGCGGCCAUCCCUCCGCAGCUGCUAACCGCGGAGGAGCCGCGGGAAGAUCCCGGCCCCCUGCCACCUCGCAGAGGAUGGCACCUGCACCCGCCCUCUCUCACCAGCAGCACCCAGCACCAGAGUCGUACGAGGAAUACGCGUAUGACGAGAGCUACGCUGAUACUCAAUACGAAGGUUACGAAAACUAUUAUAGCCAGGCCGCGCCACAGGGAGAAACAGAAUAUUAUGAUUACGGUCACGGCGAGGCUCAGGAGAACUACGAAUCAUACGCUGAAGAUGAUUGGGAAGGUGCUGCAUGGGGUAGCGGUGGAGGGAAAGCUCCCCCUGCCCGCCAGAAUAAAGGAAGCUAUCGUGAACAUCCGUACGGGAGAUUCUGAGACGUGCCGCUCACUCGGGGUUGCCCGGUCAACCGCCACCAAUUGUAACUCCUUUUAACAGCUCAAAGUAAUUUUUAGAUAUUUUGUCCAUUUCCUUUUUUUUUUUUUUUUCUUUUUUUUAUAUAAACGUUCACCUCUUUUUAAUAAUCUUCUGGCCAAACCAUUUUGUAGAUACACUAAGGAAUACGCUUGCUCAGGAGUGUCGUUUCAGCGCUUCCUCUUUGCGAUGAUUGCUUGUGCAGUUUGCUUGCUGAUUUUCUUAUUUUGCAUUUUUUUUUCGGUGUAUGUAAUAAUCGUGGGUAGAACGUAGAAGCCUGGAUUACGCUUGCAAAUAGUCAAGGUUUGCGCAAACAAACGGCUCGGUUCGAGUCGUGUGAUCCUUAAAAGAAAAAAAGAUCUCGACCAAAAGGCUUCGAAACAAAAAAAGUGUUUAAAAGCCGCGGUACAAACCCAACACUAAAACAUCAAAAUUAAACUGACGGCUGUGGAAGUGUGAGCUAUUGGACAGGAUUAACAGAAUCCAGAACUUUCUCUGAGGAAAUAUGUUCGGGUUCAGACGCAGUAUUGUGUUCAAAAAGUACAAAAAAAAAACCUAUUUUGUUGGUUAUGACGUUUCUCUUUUUUUGUAAAGGAAAGCGAAUGUGGCCAGUCUAAACGUAUGUGUAUAUACAAGUUACCUCUGGUUAAACGUUUUAUUUUGCUGUUUUAUAGUUUUUGCAUUUCACAAAAUAAUUCUUGUGUUCGUUGCCUAAAUAGGGAACUAAACAUGUUUUUCUGUAGAAUGUCAGUCAAUAAAGCGCAGUCUUGUUCCCCAGCUAACAAAACCUGGUAUUUUUGCUUUUCUUCUAGCUGUCAGUACAUAAAUGCCAUUUACUAACUAGUUUUUGUUACGAAAACUUGCAUGCAGAUAAUAAUACAUGUACUUCGUUUGUUCAGUGGAUGUAAAACAAAAUAUUGUGUAUAAACCGUUGCUAAUCAAAUCCAGUGACCGUAGCUGCUGUUAAAUUAAUGACUAUUUAUAAACUGUCCUGUUUGUUUCCAAAACCACAUAAAAACCCUAACAUACAAAAACA